CCUGUGCGCACGUACGAUCACGUACCGUUUGCUCAGACACGACUCCCGCGCAACUCGUGCAGCUUGGACUAUACAGUGAACUUGUGAUUUAAUAUUGAACUAUUUAUCAUUGAGUGAUAGUGAAGUGUGAAGAUGCUCAUCGAAGACUCGCAGUCGGCUCGGGCGAUGAUGACGAAGAAGUACGCGCACUGUCCGCUGAAGAAGCGGCCGGUGUUGGUCCGGGAGGAGCGACCGGCGACGCCGCCUACUUCACCGCCUCACCCCGCCCACAUCUCUAGCAGACUCUACUUUGAUUACAAUCAUUGUGAUAUGGAAAAUGAUGAACCAGAAAAUCUUAGCACCAAACCGGAAGAUCUUUCUAAAACUGGAAAUUACCCCAAAAAGGCUUCGUCACCAAUUGCCACUGCAUCAAUAAAAAUGGAACCCAGAGAGUGGUCACAGCAGCAAAUAGAUUAUCUCGCAGCCUGCCGUGCAAGACUCGAGCCAACCACCGAACUGGCCCGACCAACUCCUCAGUAUGCCUACUUGCCAACAUUAUACCCUGGUUACCCUCUAGAAGAACUGUACCCGGCUGCUCCAGUGCUGUCACCACCUGCUCAUCCUCAGUUAUAUUCUCAUUACUCACCAGCAUCACCGCCUUCAUCAUGCUCACCACCUCCUUGCCCCGAAGACCUGCGCUCACCUGGUUCCGUGUCUUCAGACUCCGGCGUAUCAGUAACUGCACCACGGCGCCCCAGAUAUCAGUGCCCAGAUUGUGCCAAGUCCUACUCAACAUAUUCGGGACUAUCCAAACAUCAGCAAUAUCACUGUGCUGCAGCAGAAGGAAGCCUGGCGAGGAAAUCAUUUAGUUGCAAAUAUUGCGCGAAAGUUUACACAUCGCUGGGUGCCCUAAAAAUGCAUAUCCGGACCCAUACUUUGCCAUGCAAGUGUCACCUGUGUGGAAAGGCGUUUUCUCGUCCGUGGCUCUUGCAGGGACACAUUCGCACUCACACCGGUGAAAAGCCAUUUUCUUGCCAUCAUUGUCGUCGAGCUUUUGCUGAUCGGUCGAACUUGCGAGCUCACUUACAAACCCAUUCGGACGUUAAGAAAUAUUCGUGCUCUGGUUGUGGCAAGACAUUCUCCAGAAUGUCUCUGCUAAGUAAGCAUUUGGAAGGUGGCUGCGUUGCCCCGGGCUCCUCCCCUUACGAGUACCGUCCAGAAGGACAUGCACACCAGAGUCUGGUGCCUCCACCGACAGUCCACGCAUAUUAAUAAGGCUAAGCUCAACUUGUUCCCGAUCUCUAUAAUGGAACUGAUCGCCUACUACUGUCUAUAUCGUAUUAUUUAUAUUUAAAUUAUUAUUGUAAAAAGAACUUUAAUAUAACGUGUGCUAGAGUUUGAUAAUCGUGUGUAUUAUUAGGGACCAAUAUUGUGUAAAAACGUUAGUUGUAUUGUUAAUAAUUAUUAAGUUAUUGUAUUAUAGAAACCUGUGCCAUUUUGGCAUCGCUAGUCAUAUGGCAUUUUGCCGAGUGUCAUACACAAUAAUAUAUUUUUGUAACCUUUUGUUUGUAUCGUAAGCCGUGUACAAAGUGCCUUAAUUAUAAAGUAUUAAUAUAUUUGAGAUGUUUGUUCGCGUUUAAAAGCUACUAUAAUUUAAUAAGAUUUAAAAAGUAGUUUGAGGCUAUAAAUAUUGUCUAUCUACGUUCCUUUCUGUUACCUCCGACAGCAGAAUAAUUAAAAAGUUAUAUUUUGAA